AUGCAUAACCAAUUCAACCAGGAUUUCAACAUUAUGAUGUCGCCUCCAGCAGGACCUUAUGAUCAACACGCCGCCCCUGUACUCGUUGAAUCGGAACUUGCCCCCCGAUGGAAGAUGUGGUGGAGGUUGGACGAGACUAUGGGAGUGACGGAGUACAACGACUACACUUGGCUCACUGAAAUUCGUGUGCCAGAGCAUCGGAAGAUUCACUUUAUAAUCAGCUUCGGAAACCCUGAUGCUCCAGUUGGCACAUAUCAACUACAAAUUAAAGCUCAUUUGGACGCCAUCCCAGGUCAACCCAUGCCCAUGGUCUACGACUAUCGUCUCAGUUUCGAUUUGCCUCAGCAAGCGGACGUCACUGAUUCCGAA